UCACCGAUAAUAUAUUAUUCCACCAACCAUCCCCGUUUUCUUUCUCUCUCGUUAGUUCGUUUUAUUUCGUUUUGCUUCGUUUCAUCCCUCGAUCGGAAUUUUCUUUCUUUAUUCAAACGGGGAAAGGAAAAGUGGGGUGCUGCUCAUUCGUGUCGGGGUCGGUCGUUCGUCGUUCAUCGUUCAUCGUCGUCGUCGUCGUCGUCGUCGCCGUUGUCUCUGUGUGUUCGAGGAGAGUGUGCGGUGAGGAAAAACGAGGACGACACGGAGGUGUGCGAUGGCGGUGGCUGCGCCGGUGCCACGGCGGCCGCGCACCGUCUUUUCUGGUGGUGAACGUGCUGCUUCCGGAUGUGCUACUACUACUACUACUACUACUACUACUACGGACUAUAGACCCCAAAGAACUUUACGGCUCAAUCGGACCACCAAUACUACCACCAUCAUACUUUUUCACGCUUUCGUCCUACUACUGAGCUUUUUAUCCGUUGCCAACAACAAUGUUCAAGCCAUCAGACCCGGCGAUGGCAGCGGUUGUGGGCCUAACAUGUUCAAAUGUCUCGACGGAAAGUGCAUACCUGCAUUAUUGGUUUGCAACUAUGAACGUAAUUGCGAGAACGCCGAGGACGAGUUUCAAUCCUGUCCACCACCCGAUUGUGAAGUUGGUCAAAUCACAUGCGGCCAAUAUAUUUUUAACAAAACUUAUUGCAUACCGUUGCAUCAAAAAUGUGACAUUACGGUGGAUUGUGUCGAUGGUUCCGAUGAAGAUGGUUGUCAUUACAGAAAAUGUCUGCCGGACGACUUCAGAUGUGGCGGCACUCAUCCAGAACUUUGUAUACCGAAGGAAAAAGUUUGCGACGGAUAUCUGGAUUGUCGUAACGGAAAGGACGAAGAAAAAUGUGAUAGUAACUUUAAGGCACCAUGUCAACUUGACGAAUUUCGAUGUAACACAACGCAAAAGUGUAUAGAACAUAGUGCAAGAUGUAAUCACAGGGACGAUUGCGGUGACAACAGCGACGAGGAACAUUGCAGUUUUCCACCCUGUACGACAGAUCAGUUUCGUUGUUCAAAUGCACUCUGUUUACCAUUGGUAUUUCGAUGCGACGGUUAUUUAGAUUGCAUCGAUGGUUCUGAUGAGAAAGGUUGUUCGGUGACAGCUUGUCCUAGCCACAAAUUCAUGUGUCCGAAGGGUGCACCAGGUGGUAAACCACUUUGUAUUAAUAGAUCUCAGCUCUGCGAUGGUAAAGUCGAUUGCGAGGAUGGUGCUGAUGAGGAAGCUGCUUGUUCAACUAGCAUGUGCGGAUCAUUGGGUUGCGAGUUCAAUUGUCAACCGUCUCCAACUGGUGGUGCUUGUUAUUGUUCACCCGGUAGAAUAUUAGCAAACGAUUCAAGAACUUGCAUAGACAGAGACGAGUGCAUGGAGUGGAACUUCUGCGAUCAAAUUUGUGAAAACAUAGAGGGUUCGUACAGGUGUAGUUGUGCACCGGGUUACGUAUUACACGGAAACAACGAGUGUCGUGCUCAGAAUAUCUCAGCUUUCGAAUUAUUGGUUGCCCAAGACCGUGCUAUUUGGAGGAUGUCGGCUAACGGUGAGGAUCCAAGGAUCGUUGCUAACACAACCGGUGCCAGCGGAGUUGACUACCUUUACUCAAGGAAUCUUUUGUUUUGGAGUGACAUUAAAACGAGGAAAGUGCAUGCGGAAUCUUUGAAUGGUAACAUGGCUACCUCAGCAUUAGACAUAUAUCUACCAGUUUCGUGGGGUCCGGUAUCGAUCGCAGUUGAUUGGAUCGGAGAUAAGCUUUAUAUUGUUGAUUCGGUCGUUCAAAAGAUAGACGUAUUUGAAUUGGACGGCCGAUAUCAUGGGAUCGUACUUGGAUCAAAUCUAACUAGCCCCUCGGAUAUCGCGUUGGAUCCAACCGUGGGUCUGAUGUUCAUUGCCGACAGUAGACAAGUUUUGAGAGCAAACAUGGAUGGUACUUUUGCAUUUCCGAUCGUAUCCGAGGCAGCGUACAAAGUAUCCGGUAUAACCGUUGAUACGAUAGCAAGAAGAAUUUAUUGGUGUGAUGCAUUAUUGGAUUAUAUUGAAACUGCUGAUUAUUAUGGAAGAAAUAGAGUAAUUGUGGUUAAAGGAUCUCAAGUACCGUCCCCGGUGAGAUUGACUUUGUUUGAAAGUAAGAUAUAUUGGACGGAUAAUAUGAAACAGGCGGUAAUGAGUGUCGACAAGAAACAAGUGAGUAAUUCUAUAGAAACAGUGUUCAAAGUAAGAGAUGCCAAAGCUAUUAAAGCUCUUCAUGUAUUAGCUCAGCCAGCCGUUUCGAAUCCUUGUGGUAAUAACAAUGGUGGUUGUCAACACAUGUGUAUUGUUACUGCCGUAUCAAGUCAAGAGAACAGUUUGGGUUAUCGUUGUGCUUGUGACAUCGGUUGGAGACUAUCGAGCGAUCUCAGAAAUUGUAAUUUAGUCCAAGAGUUCCUUAUGUACUCCCAACAAAGAUUUAUUAAGGGUCGCGUAUUGGAUCCUGUUAUAGAAGGUUUCAGCGAUGCAAUAUUGCCAGUGGUUUCAAGAAGAGCAAGAUUCGUCGGUUUAGACUAUGACGCUUAUGAUCAAUAUAUUUACUAUAGUGAUGUCUUGCAAGAUGUCAUUUACAGGGUACAUCAAAACGGUACCGGCCGAGAAAUAGUAUUGGCGAGUCAAAAUGAAGGUGUCGAAGGAUUGGCCGUCGAUUGGGCUGCCAAAAAUCUUUAUUACAUUGACUCUCGCAAAGGAACGUUGAAUGUAUUGAGCACACGAAAUGUAACUUAUAGAAGAACAUUGUUGAAAAAUCUUAAACGACCACGUGCCAUUGUAAUUCAUCCCAAUCAUGGAUACAUCUUCUUCUCCGAAUGGGAUAGACCAGCUAAUAUCAGCAGAGCACACGCAGACGGAUCCAAUUUGAUAGUUUUUAAGAAUCUAACGUUAGGUUGGCCAAACGGAUUGGCCAUUGAUUUUUACAAAGACAGAUUAUAUUGGUGCGACGCUUUACUCGAUCACGUACAACAUUCGAAUCUCGAUGGUACGGACGUUCGUACAGUUAAUUCGAGAUUAAUACGACAUCCAUUUUCCAUAGCCAUACACGAACAGUGGAUGUAUAUAACCGAUUGGAGAUUGGACGCUAUAAUUCGACUUCACAAGAAAACGGGAGAACAGGAAUCGAUUCUUGUUCGCGAGCCAGCCUCUAACAGACUUUACGGCGUUAAAGUAUUCAGUCGUGAUGUACAAGCCCAUACAUUGGGAAAUCCUUGUUCUAUAAAUAAUGGUGGUUGCGAAAAACUCUGCUUUGCAAUACCGCAUAACAAUACAAAUAAGAAUUUUGCCACUCCUCGUUUGACUCAAGUUUGCGGUUGCCCCUACGGCGAAAGAUUGCAAUCCAAUGGAAAAACGUGCACGGCCGAUCCAGAAUUGGAACCACCGGUUCAAGCUUGUCCUAAUAGUUGGGAUUUCACUUGUGCGAAUCAAAGAUGUAUACCGCAGUCUUGGGUUUGUGACGGAGAGAACGAUUGUUUGGACAACAGUGAUGAGAUGCAAAAUUGUACUAAAACAACAUGCGGUACCAACGAGUUCCAGUGUAAAUCGGGUAGAUGCAUGCCUAUGAGUUUCCAUUGCGAUUCGGAGAACGAUUGUGGUGACAACAGUGAUGAAAUUGGUUGUCCUAACGUAACGUGCAGCAGUAAUCAGUUCGCUUGUGCAAAUAAUCGUUGUAUACCGGCUACAUGGAAAUGUGAUUCUGAAAAUGAUUGUGGGGAUAGUUCGGACGAGGGUGAUUUUUGUGCAGCCAAAACCUGUUCCUAUUUUCAAUUUACUUGUCCACGAUCGGGACAUUGUAUUCCACAAUCUUGGGUAUGCGACGGUGACAACGAUUGUUUCGAUCAACAAGACGAAGCGGAUUGUCCACCUGUAACAUGUGUCAGUACGUUAUUCAGUUGUGCGGAUAAAAAGAUGUGUAUUUUAGACUCGUACAAAUGUGACGGUAUAUCAGAUUGUAACGACGGUAGCGACGAACUAAAUUGUCCAUCAUUAGCCCCGGAUCAGUGUAACACCGACAAACAAUUCCAAUGCGUUAGUUCGUCCAUUUGUAUUCCAAGAAGUUGGUAUUGCGAUGGUACGGCAGAUUGUCCGGAUAAAUCGGACGAACCUCCUACUUGUGAACAAGUCGAUUGUCAUCCUGGUUAUUUCAAGUGUCAAAAUUCCCGAUGUGUUUUUAAAGCUUACAUAUGCGACGGCAAAGAUGAUUGCGGAGAUAAUUCCGAUGAGGACACGACUCUGCACGCUUGCGGACCACCGGAACAUAAAUGCGACUCGGAACAAUGGAAAUGUCCAAAUAUAACUAACAGGUGCAUUAACGUAACUCAAGUAUGCGACGGCACAUUCGAUUGUCCUAACGGCGCUGACGAAGGAGUCGGCUGUGACUUGGGAGAAUGCCAACAUCAAAGUGGAUUAUGCAGCAACAAAUGCAUUCGUACACCUUUAGGAGCUCAAUGUGUUUGUUCGGCCGGUGAGGAACUCGAUUCCGAUGGUUUUACUUGUCGGGAUUUGAACGAAUGCGAUCCACCUGGUCGUUGUUCCCAAAUUUGCAUAAAUAACAAAGGAAGUUAUCUUUGUAAUUGCGUAGAUGGUUAUAUUCUUGAAAAGGAUAAACAUACCUGCAAGGCAUUAAAUCACAGUGCAGCAUUUCUCAUUAUAUCCAAUAGGCAUACUAUACUUGUUGCUGAUUUGCAAGAGCAAGCUUUAGAAAGAGUACCAAUCAAUGUAGAAAACGUUGUAGCAACUGCUAGCAACAUGCACACAGGAACAAUAUUUUGGUCUGACAUGAAAUUAAAGAAAAUCUCAAGAUUGGAAAGAGGCAGCGAUCCACAAGACGUCAUAUCAACCGGUUUAGAUUUAGUCGAAGGAUUGGCAUACGAUUGGAUAGGUCAAAAUUUAUAUUGGUUAGAUUCAAAAUUAAAUACCAUCGAAGUAGCCAAAGAAACUGGAGAAAGGAGAAUGGUAUUGGUGAAAGAGAACAUAACUCAACCACGUGGAAUGUGUUUGGAUCCAAGUCCAGAAGCUCGAUGGUUGUUCUGGACAGAUUGGGGUGAAAAUCCUCGUAUAGAAAGAAUUGGAAUGGAUGGUAUGAACAGAUCUACCAUUAUCAGUACCAAGAUAUAUUGGCCUAAUGGAUUAGCAUUGGAUAUCGCUAAUAAAAGAGUAUACUUUGCUGACAGUAAAUUAGAUUUCAUUGACACUUGUUUGUACGACGGUAGUAAGAGAAUCCAAGUGUUAGCUAGUUCACAUUACUUGUUGCAUCCUCAUUCGCUCACGUUAUUCGAAGAUACGAUGUAUUGGACUGACAGACAAUUAAAUAGGGUCUUAUCAGCUCAUAAAUUUUAUGGAUCUAAUCCAACAGUAAUAUCACAUUUAAUAUCACAACCAUUAUCUAUACACGUGCAUCAUCCAGUAUUACAACCGAAGUCACCAAAUCCCUGCAAAGCAACGAAAGAACCGUGCGAUCAUCUGUGCCUUCUUUCACCAAGUAGUCCAACAGGAUACACCUGCAAGUGUCAAGCUGGUUACAAAUUAAUCAGAGGUUUUCAAUGUGUCCAAAUUGAUUCCCCAUAUUUGAUGGUAUUACGUGGAUCACAAAUCGUAGAUAUUUCUUUAACACCUGGCGACACUAAAACCGGUUACAUAACUCCGGUUGUUGGAAUAGAAAAUGGUCGGGUUAUUGAUUUCGAUAGAAAAGAUCGUAUAAUUUAUUGGCUACAAGGAAAAGAAUCUGACGAAGAAAAUGGUACGAUUUAUACCAUACCGUAUGACGGUGGAAAUAAAACAGAAUUUCCAAAUCCUGCUGGUGAUUCCGGUAUCGUUGGAUCACCCUCCACCAUGGCUUUCGAUUGGUUCGGUAGAAAUUUGUUUAUAGGAAACCGAUAUGCCUCCAACAUCGAGGCUAUUAAAAUUGAUGGAAAAACUAGAUUUAGGACAAUUGUAUUAGCGAACGACGGUAACAGAACGUCCGUAGCUAGGCCGAAAUCUAUGUGCGUUGAACCAAUCGAUGGACAUAUAUUCUGGGUUGACGAUGGUGGUUUUGGUAUACCGAUGAAAAUAGGAAGAGUGAAUAUGGACGGUACUAAUCCAAUCGUGCUUGUGGAUAAUGUUGAAAAGCCAGUGGCCAUAACGAUAGAUAUUCCAAGUAAAACAGUUUAUUUCAGUACGGAAUAUCCAACAUUUGUGAUGGCCAUGAGCACAGAUGGCCGAAACGUUAGGACUAUUCUUUCAAUUGCCAAUAAUAUUGCUUUGCCAAAGGCUUUAGCUGUUCACGAAUCUAAAUUGUAUCUUCUGGAUCCUGUAUAUGAUAAAAUUGAAAGGGUAGACCUUCCUAAUGGUGACAAUCCUACCACCAUAGUUGACAACGAUUCAGAAUUAAAGACCAUGAUUAUCUAUAAAAAACGCAUUGCCGGAUCACACCCUUGUCUUGUUAACAACGGUGGUUGCGAACAACUAUGUUUCCCAGCUUCAGGAGGAACCAGAGUAUGCGCUUGCGGAAUGGAAUAUCGUAAAGUUGACGAGACCAGGUGUGAACCUUUCAAAACAUUCGCUGUGGUAUCUCAAUUGGAUGUGGCAAGAGGAUACAGUUUGAAGGAUGCCAAAGAAGCUAUGGUACCCAUUGCUGGUACUGGUCAUCAUAUUUUACACGUGGACGUUCAUUAUGCGAAUAAUUGGAUUUAUUGGGUUGAAUUUAAUCGCGGAAUAUGGAACGGAAUUUUCCGUAUAAGACCAAACGGAACGGAACUUCAACAGAUUAUUAAACAAGGAAUAGGCUCUAAUGGUAUACGUGGAUUGACCAUUGAUUGGAUAGCUGGCAAUUUAUACUUCGCUAAUGUUUUCCCUCACGAUAAUUACGUAGAAGUUUGCAGACUCGAUGGUAGCCACAGAAAAGUCCUUAUAAAGACGAUGACCGAUGCACCAAGAGAAUUAGCAGUUAAUCCCAUAAAAAGAUAUUUAUAUUGGAUCGAUUACGGACAAUAUCCUAGAAUAGGUAAAGCAUUUUUAGAUGGUAGCAAUUCAUCGUCCAUCGUUACAUCUGGUAUCAGCACACCACGCGAUUUAACCGUAGAUCCUGUGACUCAUGAUCUUUAUUGGGUUGAUUCGAAAUUGGACACGAUACAGAAGGUAUCCUAUACCGGUGGAAAUCGUCAGAUAAUACGUAGAAAUUUGCCAAAUCCAAUGGGCGUUGCAAUUUAUGGGGACGAAGUUUAUUGGGUCGACAGAAAUUUGGCUACGGUAUUUAAAGCAAGCAAAUACCACGGCAAUACGAGCUUACCAACACCUGUUAGAACUAAUUUACCUAAAUUAAGGGACAUCGUUAUAUUCGAUCAGAAAAAUCAACCGACAGAUUUCACGAAUCAGUGUUCAACAUCCAACGGUGGUUGUGCACAGCUAUGCUUUGCCUUUCCCAAUGAUCGAUUUGUAUGCGACUGUGCUACCGGGAAAUUGGCUAGUGACGGUGAAACCUGUGAGAAUAUGAACGAGUAUCUGGUAUUCGCUACGAGAACGGAAAUAAGAUCUAUUGGCUUGGAUCCACGUAACACGAGUCUUCCAUUCAAUCCAAUUAGUAAUUUCACUAACGUUGCUGGUAUUGAUUUUGAUUAUGCCGAUAAAAAGCUUUUCUUCACGGAAAUAACACCUUGGGCACAGAUAGCAUGGAUGCAAGCUGAGAAUCCAUCCUCAACAGAAAUGCAUACACUUUUGAGCAAGGAUAUCAAUCCAGAAGGCAUAUCGUACGAUUGGACACAAAAGAAAGUAUACUGGGCUGAUUAUACUAAUAAUAGUAUUUAUGCUAUGAACUUAGAUGGUUCACACAUGGUCAUGAUAGCCAGAGUUAACAGACCUAGAGCCAUAGUUGUAGAUCCUUGCAACGGGUCGCUCUAUUUUACCGAUUGGGGUCGUUUCGGUACUUCGGGAAAGAUCUUCCGAACUACCAUGGCUGGUUCAUUGAAAAAAGCAAUCAUUGAUAAGGAUCUAUUGCAACCAAGUGGAUUGGCUAUCGAUUACGAGGAUCGUAUGCUUUAUUGGACCGAUGCUGUACGAGAAAAAAUCGAAAGAUCUGAUCUCAAUGGAAAGAACCGCGAAGUUUUGGUCAGCGCUACGAUUUAUCCAUUUGCCAUUACCGUCUUCCGUGAACAUAUUUAUUGGACUGAUCUUCAAUUACGUGGUGUAUAUCGUGCUGACAAAUAUACUGGUGCCAAUAAAAUAGAAUUAGUCAAACGUUUGGAGUAUUCCCCUAGAGAUUUGUUCGUUUAUUCCGCGGAAAGGCAAAAGUGUAAGGUCAAUCCUUGUAACAUCAAAAACGGAGGAUGUGAUCAAUCUUGUCAUCCUGGAGUUAAUGGAUCGGCAGAAUGUAAAUGCAACGAUACUAGCAGACUCGUAAACGAGGACAGAAUGUGUGUGCCUAAGAACGUAACUUGCGACGCUAGCAAAUUUGCUUGUAGAAAUGGUCGUUGCAUCUCGAGAAUGUGGGCAUGCGACGGGGACGAUGAUUGUAAUGACGGCUCGGAUGAAGAUACCAAGUAUUGUUCAUAUCACUCGUGCAGUCCAAAUGAAUUCCGUUGCAACAAUGGUCGUUGCAUUUUCAAAACUUGGAAAUGCGAUCAUGAGAAUGAUUGUCGGGAUGGUAGCGACGAAGAAGGUUGCGUUUAUCCACCUUGCGCUCAUGGCGAAUUCACUUGCGACAAUUAUCGUUGCAUACCACAAUCCCAAGUUUGUAAUGGAAUUAAUGAUUGCAAGGACAGUCAAACGUCGGACGAAACCUACGAUCGUUGUCCGCAAAAUACCACUUGUCCGCAGAAUUAUUUGAAAUGCGAGAAAACCAAUAUCUGCGUAGAACCUUAUUGGCUUUGCGACGGGGACAACGAUUGCGGUGAUAACAGUGAUGAGAAUCCUUUACAUUGCGCACAAAGAACUUGUCCACCCAAUAGUUUUCGUUGUCCAAAUCACAGAUGUAUUCCAGCUACUUGGUAUUGUGACGGAGAUGACGAUUGUCUCGAUGGUAGUGACGAACCACCUGGUUAUUGUCAAUCCGAAGGUAGAACUUGUUUCGGUGAUUUGUUCACUUGCGACAAUGGCAAUUGCAUUCCAAGAAUUUACAUUUGCGAUGGCGACAACGAUUGUUUGGACAAUUCCGAUGAAGAUGAAAGACACCAAUGCAAUGACAGGAAAUGCGACGAAGAAACCGAAUUUACGUGUACCGCCAAUAAAGUAUGGAACCGAGCACAAUGUAUUCCAAAGAAAUGGUUGUGCGACGGUGAUCCAGAUUGCGUGGAUGGUGCCGAUGAAAAUGUAACGUUGCAUCGUUGUCCUGAACCAACUCCAUGCAGUGAAAAUCAAUUUAUGUGUAACAAUGGACGUUGCCUUAAUCGAAAUUGGCUUUGCGAUCAUGACAAUGAUUGCGGUGACGGUAGCGACGAAGGAAAGAUAUGCAACUCACAAUACAAACAAUGCACGGCUCAAGAAUUCACUUGUCAAAAUUUCAAAUGCAUUAGAAAACAAUUCCGUUGCGACGGCCAAGAUGAUUGUGGCGAUCAUUCGGACGAAGUUGAUUGUCCAUCCAAAAUUAAAAAUACAACUUGUCCUAAUCCCGGAGAAUUUAUGUGCGCCAACGGAUUCUGUAUAGAUCAACAAUUAGUUUGUAACAAAGAACCAGAUUGUCCUGACGAAAGUGACGAGCCAGCUCAUUGUAACGUUGACGAAUGUGCUCGUCCAGAAUUGAAUCAAUGCGGACAUAGAUGCGUCGAUACACCGACCAGUUAUUACUGCGAAUGCAAUCCGGGAUAUAAAUUAUUGGAGGAUGGUAAAGCUUGUGCUGAUAUCGAUGAAUGUAUUGAAAUGCCUCAAGUCUGUAGUCAACAAUGUGAAAACACCCCGGGUGGAUAUUAUUGUAAAUGUAACGAACGUUGGUACGAGAGAGCUGCCGAUGAACAUACUUGCAAAAGGAGAGACAACAUAGAACCAUGGGUUAUAUUCACUAACAAAUAUUACGUUAGAAAUAUGUCAAUUGAUGCGAAAAGAUACAGUUUGAUGCAUCAAGAUCUGAUCAACGUCGUUGCUUUAGACGCUGAUUAUCAUACGCAAGAAAUGUUAUACUUUUGCGAUGUAACUGCUAAAACUAUAUACAGAGCACCAGUAGCCGGUGGCAAAAAAGAACCGAUCAUACGUCACGAUAGUUUAGGAUUGGAAGGAAUUGCUAUUGAUUGGGUUGGAAGAAAACUCUAUUGGCUAGAUCGACAUGCUAAACAUUUGGAUGUUUCUGAAUUGGAUGGUACCAAUAGGAAAACUUUGUGGUCUGGAAUAGCUGAUCCAAGAGCUAUCGUGGUUCAUCCUGGUACUGGAUAUUUGUACUUCACUUCUUGGCAUCUUCAGGCAUAUAUUGGAAAACUGGGUAUGGAUGGUAGCAACUUCUCUCGAAUUCUAACAUGGGAAGACAACAUCGCUUGGCCUAACGCCUUAACCAUAGAUUACUUUACCGAUCGAAUAUUCUGGGCUGAUGCUCAUUUGGAUUAUAUAGCGUUCGCUGAUUUGGAAGGACACAACAGACGAAUUGUUCUUUCUGGUCCCGCAGUACCUCACGUUUUUGCUAUUACAGUAUUUGAUGAUUACAUUUAUUGGACAGAUUGGAAUCUAAAAGCUAUCAGUAGAGCAGAGAAAUUCUCUGGUGCUAAUUUACAAAUACUACGAAAUACGACACACAGGCCUUACGAUAUUCUCAUAUAUCAUCCAUUGCGACAAUUGCCUUAUAACAACCCAUGUGCAUUAAAUAAUGGUGGAUGUUCACAUCUCUGUCUUAUCGCUCCACCAGCAAGUUCUUAUUUAUUGGAAGGUUAUGGUCAACCUGGUGUAACCUCAGCUAAAUGUAAAUGUCCUAAUCAAUACAUUUUGGGCAAGGAUGAAAAGACUUGUAUAGCAAAUUGUACAGCUGGACAACAUCGUUGUGGUCCGCCCGAUGAAAAGUGUAUUCCUUGGUACUGGAAGUGUGAUGGAGAAAAAGAUUGUAAAGACGGAUCAGACGAGUCUGCCAGUUGUCCUAAGCGUCUCUGUCGACCUAGCGUAUUCCAAUGUGCUAAUGGAAAUUGUACAGCUAGCGUAACCGUGUGCGAUGGUGCCGAUGAUUGCGGUGAUAAAAGUGACGAAGCUAAUUGCUCAUUAGAAUGUCCGGAACUUGAAUUUAAAUGUAAAUACAAUGGUCGUUGUAUACACGAUUCAUGGAAAUGCGAUGGGGAUGCUGAUUGUAAUGAUGGCAGUGAUGAAGAUCCAGCUAUAUGUUAUAACCGUGCAUGCGAUCCGCUUACGGAGUUCAGUUGUAAAAAUGGAAAAUGUAUACCAAAAUUAUGGAUGUGCGAUUUUGACAACGAUUGUGGUGACGACAGUGACGAACCUGCUUACAUGUGUCGUCAAAGGAACUGUACUAUAGGUUGGCAACGUUGUCCAGGACACGCCAAUUAUCGUUGCAUACCUAAAUGGCUUUUCUGCGAUGGGAAAGAUGAUUGUCGCGAUGGUUCAGACGAACGUCCCGAAAGUUGUCCAAAAUGUGAUCCUAACAUGGACUUCAAGUGUUCAAACAAUAGAUGCGUACCAAAGCAAUGGAUGUGUGACUUUGCCGAUGAUUGUGGUGACGGUAGCGACGAGGCAGAAUCCAUUUGCAAAGGAAAAUAUCGAGAAUGUUCUGAAUCAGAAUUUAAAUGUAAAAAUGGCAAGUGCAUAUCUUCAAGAUGGAGGUGCGACAGUGAGGACGAUUGUGGUGAUAACAGCGACGAAAUGGAUUGUCAACGAUACGAGUGCGAGAACAACACAUUCCAAUGCAACAGCGGCCAUUGCAUUGCCGCUUAUCUACAAUGCGACGGUACACGUGAUUGUCGCGACAUGAGCGAUGAAGUUGGUUGUCCACCAAGAUAUCCCGGUGGACGAUAUUGUCCACAAUCACGAUUCGAAUGCGAGAACAAACUUUGCGUAUCUUUAUCCGAUAAAUGUGACGGAAGUGACGACUGCGGUGACGGAUCGGAUGAAAAUCCAUCCAUGUGUGCCAAUUUCAAUUGCGAUACAUUGAGAAGAUUCCAAUGCGCCAAUCACAGGUGUAUCGCUAGAUAUCAAUUAUGCGAUGGAAUAGACAAUUGUGGAGAUGGUUCGGAUGAAAAUAAUAUGACCAUGUGUGCUACUAGAAUUCGUUCUUGCGAUCCAAUUACGGAAUAUCAGUGUGCUAAUAAAAAAUGCGUGGAGAAAACGAAAUUGUGCGAUUUUGCUGACGAUUGUGGAGAUUCGUCAGAUGAAUUGGGAUGCCAUCACUUCAAGCCUUGUUUGGACAGCAACAAAGGUGGUUGUUCACAUUAUUGUCACAAUAUAACUGACGGCGGAUACAUUUGUGCUUGCUACCCUGGUUACAUAAUUUCCAGAGAUAAUAGAAAACGUUGUGAAGAUUUGAACGAAUGUGCAACAGGACAACAUCAAUGUUCACAAAUUUGUACAAAUAUUAAUGGAUCUUACGCGUGUUCUUGUCGACAAGGAUUCCAAUUGUCGGAUAAUUUGAGCGGAGUUUGCCGAGCUGAAGAUGACGAGGCACUGCUAUUGUUUGCCAAUGGACAAGAAAUGAGAGCUUACAAUUUCCGUAAUAAAGAAGAGAUAGAUGUAAUUGCUCAUGAAAAGAGAAUACAAGCUGUUGAUAUUGAUCCAGCCAAUGAAUACGUUUUUUGGAUAGAUUCACACGACAAUACGAUUAAACGUUCAUACAUGGUAAACGCCAAGGAUGGUGAAGCUAAAAUUGGUUAUGCACAGGAUUUGGAUAUGAAAACUGAUUCAAGACCAACUGGUUUAGCGGUGGAUUGGAUUUCUGGUAAUUUGUAUUGGAGUGAAGUUGACGAUACCGGUGUUAGAUCACUUGGAAGAAUAAUGGUUUCGAAAUCUGAUGGAAGGUAUCGUCGAAGUCUCGUAACUACGGAUUUAGAUGGUCCAACUGCAAUUGUUUUGGAUCCUCAACUUGGUCGGCUUUUAUGGGCGGAUUCUGGUAAUCAACCAAAGAUUGAAAUUGCUUGGAUGGAUGGAGAGAAACGUAAACAAUUGGUUACCGAUAGAAUUGGCAAGCCAUCGUCUUUGGCUAUCGAUUAUGCGAUGGAUCAUACGCUUUAUUGGUCUGAUAGUAAAUUGAAUACCAUUGAGUCUAUAAGAUUAGAUGGUACCAAUCGUAAGCUCAUAUUGAAGGGUGAAAGUUUGAAAUAUCCAGUGUCCUUGGAUGUAUUUGAAAAUAAUUUAUAUUGGACGACCAAACAAACGGGUGAAUUAAUAAAACAAGACAAAUUUGGUAGAGGUGUUCCACAAAUUUUACUCAACGACAUUGUCACUCCUGGUGGAGUUAAAAUUUAUCAUCAAUUGAGAUACAACACAACGUUACGUGAUCCCUGUUUCAAUAAUGAAUGUACACAUCUGUGUGUAGCAGUACCAAAUGGACACAAAUGUUUGUGUCCAGAUAACGUUGGUCCACACAUAUCCAGCGAAAGACAUUGUGAUGCACCUCAACAAAGAGCACGACCUGCUCCCAGAGUAUGUCCAUGUCAAAAUGGUGGUCUCUGUCAAGAAGUUGUCGACAAUAAAUUGAAAUGCGCUUGUCGACAUAACUUUGAUGGAGAAUUUUGUGAGAUAGGUGUCAUGGUUGCGAGAACUGGUAGUUCCACUGCUACCAUCGUUAUUCCUAUUGUGGUAUCAAUCUUAGUUUUACUUGGAGCUGCUGCAGUUAUCAUGGUACUAAAGAAACGACCAUUUGGAAAACCGGGUGGUCUUGGUGGCCUAACUGGUGCUCAAAGUGUAUCCUUUAGGCAAGGAAGUAACGUGGAAUUUGGAGCAGUAGCUCAUGAACGAAUGGAACCUCUCGAUGUGGAGUAUAAUCUCAACGAAGUUAGUAACAAAAAUAGAGACUUUAGUAAUCCAAUGUACGACGCGGUGAAUAUGGAAGCAGGUGCUACCAAUGGCACUAGUGCUAGCAGCAUGUACGAAGUGCCAGCUGAAAUGAAACCUUCAAGUGUACAGCACAAAGAACCACCACAAAUUCAUCUUAAAAGAAGAGAACUCGAUCCUACGCCUAUUGAUUCGGGUAAGGAUACUCAACAAUUGGUAGAGGAAGAUAAAUCUGAGUGCUAGGGUAGUUCUAACUCGAAUAUAUAGAGAGAUGCUUUCACACCUCUGUUGUACUUUGAUCUCGACGACAUAUCUGUACUACUAAGAAGAAGAAUAAGAAGAAGAAGAAGAA